UUAAGUUUUGGUUGUAUUGUGUGUGUAGUGUGUAGUGUGUGUGUGUGUGUGUGUGGUCAGAUAAUCUGAAAACACAACACCACACACAUAAAGAUUCUCUUCCACCAUCAAUCUCAAAUCUAGUCUACCAAGACAGAAAUCUUGCGUGAUUAAACAUGAUCAAACAAAACCAAGAAGAAACAAAACCGGAUAUAUUGUGCCGAUGUUUCUUGAUUGUUGCCGAAGGGACCAAAGGCUUGUGUUGUCAAAUGGUGGUGAUGCUAAUAACACUUGAAAAUGCGUCUUGCCGUUUGGUGAACCCACUUACACAAAAUACAACAUCGGGUAGGACAUUUUAUUUAUGGCCGUUUCCUUGUUCCACACUCGGGUCGCUUCUUGAUUAGCUACAAAUUCACUCUUAACACACCUCAGACCACAGGAUAAUUUUAUAGGAUAAUCGUGUAAAAAAAAAAAAAUAAUAAUAAUAAUUGUGUGACAUUUGUCAUCCUUGGUCGGGAAGGGGCAAAAUUGGGACAAAAAAAGUCCUAUUAUGUGUACCGGGGCCUUAGCGUCCUGAAUAAAGUGUCAUGUGCACCUCUAAUGUACAAUGGUAGCACAGUGCAUAUGAACUGAUACCUUUUUUUUUUUCUGUACAGGUAGUAUGUUUCAUGUAAUUUGUGGCAAUGUUUUAGUCAAAACAUGCAGGUGUUGAUUUGACAGUAAAUGUUUAAAAAAAAAAUGAUCAAAAUGCAUUCAUCUUAUGGAAUGAUCUAAUCUUGGAAUUGUUGCUCUUUAUAGUGUUGCUUUUGUAUUGAGUAAAAAUAGAGUAGCUACUGUAUAGGCUGAUGAUGCAAGGACUCUUGCCUGGCUGCACUGCCGACUGGCUGCUGGUGUUCGUUCUGAGAGGUAAGGGGGCGUGUCUGUGUCCAUACGGGUAUUUACCUCGCAGAGCCUGAGCAGAGGCGGGAAAUGGCGCCCGUUAACAACGGUGUGUCAUUUCGGAGACGGCCAUUGAGGAGAUAAGAUGUCGAAUACAAGCGCUGGCUCUGUUGUGAUGACUCUCGGGUCGUGAGCGCUUAUUUGGAACAACCGAGGAUCACCGUCAAUGUACCACUGAAAGCUAAGCCAGCUGCGGCUGCUGUGAUCUUUACAUGUGACUGCUACAACGAUGAGGCUGAGAAUGCGAAAGGCGUCUCAGCAGCCGAUCCCCAGUCUGGCCACGCGCCCAUCUCGGACCAAGAGAAGGCAUUCAGAAGUAGAAGAGGACACUCCUACCAGUGGUGGGAGGGGCUUGCUGUCAACAAUCAAAAAGUUCAUCAGAGGAAAUACUGUUAAGGUGCAGCAGGAAAGCCCAGCCAAGAAGGCGCGUCUUCACUGUGAUGUGGACAACAACCUGAUCACCUCAACUCCAGACAGCAACCCUGCCCAUAGGGUUGGCAGAAAAGGCUCCGUCAAUGGAUUGGCAACCAAUCAUAACAGGAGUAAGGAAAAGCCCAAUGGGAGUCUGGGGGAGACGACGGCUGCUGAGGUGCCCACAAGCCCUCCUAGGACAACUCUUCUUGGGACCAUCUUCUCUCCUGUUUUUAACUUCUUCUCACCAACUAAAAAUGCCUCGUCUGGAUCGGACUCUCCAGACCCGGCAUUGGCGGCUGAGGAAAUAGUCAAACAGCUGGAAAUUGAACAAACUGUAGAAACACCCACCAGCACAGCCACAUUUACACAGGAACUAUGUACCACCACUAACUUCUACUCGAGUGUAUCCCAGCUACCGCCUCUGCGACCUCCUCACAUCCCUGAUGCAUACCCUAUAGCAGAGCAGGGAGAGACUGAUGCAGACCUUCCACCCCUCACUGCUCCAGGCUCCAUUCCUGAUAUGGCAUACAUGAACCCUUCUCAUACUGCAGUACCACCAGAAGCAUCCUAUGAAGAAGACUGGGAAGUCUUUGACCCGUAUUUCUUCAUCAAGCAUGUCCCUCCAUUAACAGAAGAGCAGCUCACUCGGAAACCAGCCCUUCCACUGAAGACUCGUAGCACACCUGAAUUCUCUCUUGUCCUUGAUCUGGAUGAAACACUGGUUCACUGCAGUUUAAAUGAGCUGGAGGAUGCAGCCCUUACCUUCCCUGUACUCUUUCAGGAUGUCAUUUACCAGGUAUAUGUGCGCUUGAGACCAUUUUUUAGAGAGUUUUUGGAACGCAUGUCUCAAAUCUAUGAGAUCAUCCUUUUUACAGCCUCUAAAAAGGUGUAUGCGGACAAACUGCUCAACAUCUUAGACCCUAAGAAGCAGUUAGUGAGACACAGGUUGUUUCGGGAGCAUUGUGUCUGUGUCCAAGGAAACUACAUCAAGGAUCUCAACAUUCUCGGCAGAGAUCUGUCAAAGACCAUCAUCAUUGACAAUUCACCACAAGCCUUUGCAUACCAGUUGUCCAAUGGAAUUCCCAUCGAGAGCUGGUUCAUGGACAGGAAUGACAAUGAGCUGCUGAAGUUGGUGCCCUUCCUUGAGAAGCUGGUUGAGAUGGAUGAGGAUGUGCGGCCGCAUGUUCGGGAGAGGUUUCGUCUUCAUGACAUGUUGCCUCCUGACUGAACUCCAUUGUCUCAGAUGGGUUUAGCAAGGAAGGACUGAAAACCAUAUUUGUAAAAAGCCGCUUAAAACAAUGUUACCAUUGCUUAAUUUUUUUUGUUUUUGUUUUUUAAACCCCACUGUUGCUUUGGGGGAAAAAAAACACUUCAGAAGAAAAUUGUUUUGAAAUAACUAGGUGAAAUUUUAUAUAUGUACACAUGUAAAGAUACACUUAGAAGUCCACUUUUUGAUGGACUCUCCAGCUGUGGAGUGGGCUGUUGUCUCCACACUAAAUCAGCGUUUUUGGUGCUUGCUUAGUGGCUCUAAAACACCACCUGUUAAGAACUCUAACCUGAGGCGUUGAACCCAAACCCACCCCUGGUGCUGAAGCUGUUGACACUUCAGUCUCCGCAGGAAAGACUGGCUUGUAAAUCAAUCUGCGUUUGUGUUUACUCUUUGCCACUCACACAAACUCUGUAAUUUAGUGGUUGGCAAACUUUGUAGCCUUUUCAAUCUUAUGCAUUCCGCUGUAGGUGAAUCAAGGUUGUAUUGUUCCUUUUGUUUAGGUAAACCAAUGUUUGUUUUUGUUUUAAAUGAGUGUUUCCAGGUGUUUUAUCAAUGAAGUGUUUUGAAAGCGGUAUUAUAAAAAAAAAAAAAAAUUAACGGUCAAGUUGGUAAAUAGAACUGAGCAGAGUAUGUCCUCAGACUCAAAUCAAAGGCUUGACCUCACUAUGGACUGAGUCUCUUUUUAGAAUAGGUAUAAGACAUGUAAAUCUGACAUACUGUAAGGCUUGAGGGCAUUUGUGUUUUAAGUGAUAUGUGUCAACAUUACAGUAUUUGAUUGGUCAAUCAGUAUUGUCUUUUACUAGUUUUCUGACUCAAUCACAGCCAGUCUUUCAGUUGUAAACUGCAAUUUGAUGGCUAUCAAUAGCAUAAUGACAAUGUAGCACGGCCAGUGUCUCCUGACAUCCGGUCACAACCUCAACCAGCCACAUAUGGCACCAGCAACAUGCUUUUCUCUGUCAGCCUCGCUGACCACCCUGUAUGCCUGUACAGUACAUGGACACUGUUUCUGCUGAACAUUUUCACCAGUGUGACAGGACGGUCGUGCAGGGUAGAGGUGCUUGACACACUUGGCAAUCUGCGUUGGCUUGACCCAACCGCUUACUAUAGUCUCCCGAUAACUGGUUGGUUAAUAUUUUGCUUUAAGUUUGUAUCAAAAUGCUUUUUUUUUUUUUCUUUUCCUUUUUUAAAAAAUAUAUAUAUUGGCACAAAUAUGACUCUUGGUCUGCGUUGCUUAUACUGUGCCAUGUGAUUUUCUCUGCUUGUAGCAUUCUUGUGUUGUCCCCCUUUGUGGUUAGGUAGAAAAAGACAAUCAGACCCCAGAGUUCUGCAGAGCACCAUUAAUUCCUGCACGUUUAUGUGCAGUAUGGGUUGUGUACUAGCAUUCAUUUGUGUCCAGUGUGUUAGAUUUGCCAGAUGAAUCUUGCUCUGCUUGUUUGGGCCAAACAAUCUCUGCUGUUGAAGGCUGGAAAUUAUCAGAGAUGGUUGCCAUCUGUUAGGCACCUGCCCCUUUUUGCCUUUUGCAUCACAUGUUGGUAGCGCUCCAGGAAUUAGAUUGAGCUUGUGUUUCUCCUACAACUGUUCUAGGGCACAAGGAGAUUUACUUUUACUGUUGAGUGUUCACGUCCACGCGAUGAAUGUAAAUUGUGCAUGGGUGGAAGUCGCAGGUGUUUUUCCUCAUACUUCGUGUUUCUUCCUCAAACUUUAGAACAAAUAUUCAGAGGCAAGUGAAGGUUUGAACUGUUGGAGAAAAAGAUGAACCUUGAGACCCCACCAUGGUGCCCUGAUCUCCCCACGUUUUUUUUAUUUUUGCCAACUUCUAGUAUGCAAGCCUCACUAAGAGUUUCAGUUUGUGUGACAAUUGUUUGAAUGUGUCACAGUGGUUUCUGGAGGACCUGUGAGAGGCAUUUGAUGCAUUUCAUCCAGCUCCUUUUUAUGUGCAUUACCAGUUUAUUGUACACCAAGUGUGGUACAAUACAUGCAGCCUUUUUUUAAAAUCCUUAAAAUAAGGAAACAUUUUGUAUCUUUGAUUUUAAAAAGGCAUGUCAUAUCUACUUUUAAAAUGUAUUCAUGAUUAACUUCAGAUUUUUUUUCAUAAAUAUUUGUAGUUUAGCACAAUGUCACGAAAUUGUUAAACUUAGCAUGUAGAGGAUACAGUUUGUUUUGUGGAAAAAGUCCCGAGUUAAGUUUUAAUCAACGCACUUUUUCUGCCAAGUAGUCUUUCUGAAGAGUAAUUGUGUUGAUUUUUUUUUUUUACCCUUGCAACUCUCAGUAUCUGUUAUACUUGUAAGAAUGAUUUGUGCAAAAGAUGUAUUUAAAAUGUUUUACUACAUCUUUGUUCGCCGCUAGGCUAUGUACUAUUGUAAAGUGUAAAUACUGUUACAAUGACUUUCUGAAUUCUGAAACAAAGUUUUAAAGUGAAAAGCUUCUCCCUUG